AUUCAUUUUCUACCGCUUAUCCGAACUACCUCGGGUCACGGGGAGCCUGUGCCUAUCUCAGGCGUCAUUGGGCAUCAAGGCAGGAUACACCCUGGACGGAGUGCCAACCCAUCACAGGGCACACACACACACUCUCAUUCACUCACGCAAUCACACACUAGAGACAAUUUUCCAGAGAUGCCAAUCAACCUACCAUGCAUGUCUUUGGACUGGGGGAGGAAACCGGAGUACCCGGAGGAAACCCCCGAGGCACGGGGAGAACAUGCAAACUCCACACACACAAGGUGGAGGCGGGAAUCGAACCCCGACCCUGGAGGUGUGAGGCAAACGUGCUAAACACUAAUCCACCGUGCCCCCUCACACUCAUCAUAAACACACUCAUCCUAAACACACCCAUUAUAAACACACCCAUUAUUAACACACUCAUCCUAAACACACUCAUUAUAAACACACCCAUCAUAAACACACCCAUUAUUAACACACUCAUCAUAAACAUACUCAUCUUAAACACACCCAUUAUUAACACACCCAUUAUUAACACACCCAUAGUAACACACCUGCCGUUACGUUGUUCUGCGCCUCAAACCGAGCAUAGAAGUCGUUCAGCGCAUCUGGGAGGGAGGCAUCAUCACCACAGGCAGGUUAAGCUGUCUUGUAGUUUGCGAUCACCUGUAUGCCCUGCCACAUACAUGCGCUGGAUGUCUCCGCUGUCCUGGAAGUGGCUGUGGAUUGUCUGAGCAGAGGUAGCUCCUGCUGGUCAGGUUUUCACCUGCUUCAGAACCAGUUUAGAGUCUGAUGAUUGAGGCAGGACACUGUAGAUUUCUUUGGGACAGGGACGAUGGUGGUUGUCUUGAGGCACGUAGGAACAACGGCGCUGCUCAGGGAAAUGUUGAAGAUGUCAGUGAAGACAUCCGCUAGCUGUUCUGCGCAUUCCCUGAGCACCCUGCCAUGAAUGUUGUCUGGUCCAGCAGCCUUCCGUGGGUUAACUCUGCAUAGAGUUCUCCUCAUGUCUGCCAUGGAUAGAGAGAGUACCUGGGGGGGAAGGACGGUCUUCCCUGCCGUUACGUUGUUCAGCGCCUCAAACCAAGCAUAGAAGUCUUUCAGCGCAUCUGGGAGGGAGGCAUCAUCAUCACAGGCAGCUGAAGCUGUCUUGUAGUUCGUGAUCACCUGUAUGCCCUGCCACAUGUGCCGGGUAUCUCUGCUGUCCUGGAAGUGGCUGUGGAUUGUCUGGGUGUGUGCGCGCUUUGCCUCUCUGAUGGCUCGGGACAGUUUGUCCCUUGCUGUACUUAGGGCCGCCCUGUCCCCUGUUCUGAAGGCUAGGUCUCUAGUCUUCAGCAGCGCACACACUUUAGCAGUCAUCCACGGCUCCUGGUUGGAGCGUGUGGUGAUGGUCUUGGAGACGGUCACGUCAUCAGUACACUUGCCAAUGUAGCUGGUCACUGAUGCCGUGUACUCCUCCAAGUUAAUGGUGUCGCUGUUGGUUGCAGCCUCCCUGAAGAAGUUCCAGUCAGUGCACUCAAAGCAGUCCUGAAUAGCAGAGGUAGCUCUGCUGGCCAGGGUUUCACCUGCUUCAGAACCGGUGUAGAGUCUGACCAGUGGUCUGUAUGCUGAAAUUAGCAUAACAGAGAUGUGGUUUGAGUAGCCGAGGUGGGGGCAGGGCUCCGCACAAUACGUUUGUGUAAACAAGAUCCAGCGUGUUUUCCCCUCUCAUUGCAAAGUCCACAUACCGAUGGAAUUUAGGGAGCACUGGCAAGAUUUGCAUGAUUGAAAUCUCCGGCGAUGAUAAACAGUCCGUCAGGGUGAACAUUCUGCAGAUCGCUAAUAGCCCUGUAUAGCUCACUUAGCGCCUCUUUAGCAUUAGCACUAGGGAGAAUCUAAACUCUGACAAUGAAAACAGUGGUGAAUUCCUGUGGUAAAUGGCCUGCAUCUAACAGUCACAAACUCUCCUGACGAUGAGCAGUAACACACCCACCACCACCACGAGUCUUACCGCACAGAGCUGCAUUUCUGUUGCCUCUAAAUGAAGUUAGCCCGUCUAGCUGAAUGGCGGCGUCCGGAACUCUGUCGCUAAGCCACGUCUCUGUGAAAACAAAGAUGCAGCAGUUUCUAAACUCUCGCCAUAUAGUGUGCUCGAGUCGGAUGUGGUCCAGUUUAUUGUCCAGGGAGCAAACAUUGGAGAGUAGAAUGGACGGGAGAGCUGGCCGGCUAGGGUUAGCCUGGCACGGACUCCCGCCCGCUUCCGCUUCCUCGCACACCACCAUUUUUUUUUUUACAUUUAUUUUUCGUGUAACUCGACAUGUAUAAUAUUUUUUGCGUGUGUUCUUUAAAAUGAUUAAAAUUGAGUCAUGUUUAAAACCCAGCAGUCUUGCAGGCUUUUGCCCCCUGCUGUUGAUGAUCACUGACAGAACGUUCAGUACACAGUGUUCAUGUUUGUAAAGCAGUUCUUUGAUGUUACAGGCCAUUGUCUAUCACAAUGGGGGUGUACGGCCUGACGAGUUAUGUUGAAGGAAAUCGGCAGUUCUUCACAGAGCUAAAGCUGAGGAACACCCAUCUUGUGAUUGAUGGCUGCAGCCUGUAUUUCCGUCUGUACUUUACCACUGGCUUGGACCAGAAGAGAGGAGGAGACUACGAUGCUUUUGCUAAUUUGGUUCGUCGUUUUUUUGCCGCUCUGUUUUCAUGCAACGUGAGUCCAUAUGUGGUUUUAGACGGUGGAAUGGACGAGACCGAUAAGAAGUUCAAAACUCUGCGUGAGCGAGCUCAGAGUAAAAUACACGAUGCCCAUAACCUGUCCCGAGGGUCUCAUGGCAGCGUUCUCCCCCUGCUUACACGUGAAGUCUUCAGACAGGUCAUCUGUGAGCUUGGUGUACCAUUGGUGCAGUGUAUCUCUGAAGCUGACUCUGAGAUCGCCUCCCUAGCACAUCAGUGGCGAUGUCCAGUCCUGACCAACGACAGUGACUUUUACAUCUUUGAUUUGUGUGGUGGGUAUCUGCCAAUGACUUUCUUUGAGUGGGAAAAUGUUUGCAAUAAGGCUUCAGAGCCUUACAUUCCUGCACGUCGAUUCACUAUUAACCGCUUUUGCUCACACUUCAACCACAUGAACAAGCAGCUGCUGCCGUUGUUUGCUGUCAUCGCUGGUAAUGACUACACACAUGCAAAAACCACAGAGAUGUUCUUCAGCCGGGUGGAAUUACCAACAGUACCAAGACGGAGGGGAAGUCAAUCUAAUGCUCGGAUUGAAGGCUUUUUGCUCUGGCUGUCAGUGUUUGCCAACCCUGUGUCUGCACUGGAGGAAGUGUUGGAGAUCCUGGGAGGCAAGCAGAAAGGCAACCUCCGGAAACAAAUCACAGCAGGAAUCCAGGAUUAUCAGCUUCCAUCUAUCAGCGGUCUGGCCCAGUUCUUUGCAAACCAUCAACUACAAACAUAUGAGCUGCAGAAGCUUCCGGCAGCAUUGAUGUCACAGCCAGAGUGGUUCUUGAAGCAGACCAUGUCAGGCAGAAUGCCCCCUCUGGCGCUGGAUAUUCUGGUGCAUAAGAGAGCCAUUUUGAUAGCUCAGGUAGAGAAUAGUCGUCUGCCUAGUAGCCACGAAGCCUCACUGAAAAUUCGCAAGACGAUCUAUGGCCUUCUCCUUCUCAGGAAUGUGAUGCAGGGUAAUGCUGGUUGUGGACAGAGGGGUAGAGGACGGGGUGGCAUGAAGAAGGCAGCUUUGACUGAUUAUUCUCAAAGUUUAAGUGCCUUGUAUGUUGUGGAGGAGUAUGACAGGCUUGAGCUCAGUCUAAGGAAAACCACAGUGGAGGCUCAGCUACCUUUACAGCUUCCACAGCUGAGCCUGAACACUUUAGAGCAGGUGGCCAUAUCUGUGAGACGCAGGGUGUUGUUAGGAACUCUGGGAGUGAUGGAGCAGGUGCUGCAGCAUGUUGAACCACAUCUCCACCUGCCUCUGUGUGUGACGUAUUUUUGGGUCCAUUCCUCCAAACCAAAGCCCAGCCAUUCACUGCUCCAGUGUAUGCUUCUAGGGCUAGUGUAUGGCGAACUCUGCAGAAACAGGUCCAAGUUUGGGGAUCCAAUACAUGCUGCUGUUGCUGUGGUCUGCCAGAGAUUAGACCAACUGAGAAUGAACCCCAAUCAAAGGAGUGGUGUAGACUUGGGCGUGGCUCAUUCUCUCAGCCAAUGGCAGUCUUGUAUGUGGGCUGGGAUAUGCCUGAACCAGCUGAUGUGUUUUCCAGUCCCUGAGCCUCACUGUGCCUGGCUGUUCAGUGGUACUUUGCUGCACGGUUUAGAGGCUGUACUGAGAAGAGGUCAGCAGGCUGAGUCCCUGUUAGCAGCUGCUCCUGUUGCUUUGCAGCUUUACUCCACCCUGUUUGGGGUCAUACAGGGGUUUGAGUUCCACCCCCACCACCAGUCUGCCCAGCACACUGCACCAUAUCCAGCAACAGCAGGACCCAGCAGGCAGAGAGGGCGGGGCGGAAGGCAGCGAGGCGCUGGUGGUCGAGGGAGGCACAGCAGACGCCGAGGGGGUGGGGCUGCUGCUGCUGAUUUGAAUAACAGGUUUGGGAUGCUCACCUGUGAGGAUGAGUCAGAUGAAGAAUGAGGAUGAGUCAAAUGAGGAAGAGGAUGAGUCAGAUGAGGAUGAGUCAGAUGAGGAAUGAAAAGUAGAUUAAGGAGACGAUGAAUUAAUUCAUUCCAGUUAUUUUAUUCAGAUUUCUAGAUUAUAUCGCAAUGAAAUGGUUCUAUUCAUUCAUAACACUUCAUAAUGCAGCUGUGCUUUUGCCUUGUUUUUUUACAGAGCAGGUGUCUGUGUGCUUUAUAAAAAAACUACCAAAGAAACUACAGUAAUCUCUUUAAGAUCUAUUAUAUAGUGCAGUACUUUUUAAGCUUUUUAAAACUUUUUUAUUCUACAGAAUAUAACACAAUGAAAUGCCUUGUUUAUUUUUCUUACCAUGAAGUAAAGGUUGGGGACGAAGGACCGAUGAUACGGUAACACUGGAGGAUAAUAGCAUUGUUAACAGUGCUGUUUACUCUUCAGUGUGCAAAUAUCGUGCUAAUAUUUCCUGUUGUACAAUAAUCAUUGUGAGAAGAGCAUGGCGUAUUUGCUCAGUGUCUUGUCUCGGUGGAUCACAGCAGGGUUCGUUUGUUUAAGAAGAAACCAAUGGGAUGGUUUUAGCUUCCAGUCCUGAUAGAGUUUGUGUUGAAACCCAAGACUGUUUACUGAAUCCACAGAAUUAACGUCUGUAAAUGUACAGCUGUCUAUUAAAUCCAUCCGUGUGUUAGUAAGAACAAGAGUAUUUCAGUCAAUGAACUGUUUUAUAAAUGUUUCACCAUUAAAUCAGAAUUCAUGAAUGUUUAUGACACCUUUUAUGUGAAUCAUGACAUUUGACACAAUUGUGGAUGUUUGUAUACUAAAAUUUUUUUUUUUUGUGUGUUUGUAUUUUUCAUUAAAGCUAAACUGCAAACAAACCACAUUAUAAUUCAUUCACUGUAAAUCGCUCAGCUUUACAGAUUGUUGCAGUAAAGUUGCAAACUCAUGAUUCUUUAAUAUUCCAUUGAGUUUGUGUAGAAGUAGAAAUGAAGAUGUGUCCAUACACGUUUGUUUGCCUGUUUGACAGAAAACGACUUACACCACACAGCUACACAGCAUCUUCCUGUGUGUUAGAUCAGCUUGCUUUGUGGAAAAUACGGUUUAUUUGCUACACACUACUGUCUCCCAUCUACACCAUCUCUCAACUGGGCUAAAGGCAAGAUGUUCUACUGGGUACAAAACAAUGCAAAGCAUCAGAUCGUGGUCAAGUUUUUCCAGAAAAGGAUGAGCAGAUUCCACAAGUCAGCUAUUACCCUGGCAGUUACACAUUCUGACAUCUCAUCUCUGAUGAACUGAAGGUUCGGUGUAUGCUUAUGGACUGAGGGACUGAAUGGAGAACUGUGUGAAGGUGUUUCUCAUUAACUUGCCUGAAUCUGAACAGUUAAAAUGAGAGUACAUAUGAGAUAAGUGUAAGAGUCAAAGUUCUAUUAAACUCCAUAACAAGGCUAAA